AUGCAAGGCAUUAUCUCUGAUAGCUUCAAGAAAAUCAUUAUGAGACUCAGUUUCAUUCCGAAGAAAACGGAUGAUCAUUCAAAUGGCACGCUUGUGGAAGUGAGCAUACCAAUAGGCUACGCGAUGGAGAGCCACAAUGUAGUUGAGGAAACAACGAUCAAUCCCAUCAGUAGAAUAGAGAUACUACACGGUGAAACGACGCUGCAAGUGUUCUACAACCGUAUCGGGAAUGAAACGACUUGCUUUAGCGUUUUCGCGUAUAGAAGGUAUAAAAUGCCACAAAAACAUCCCUCAUACAUCAUGGCGCAAGAUGUUUUCCGUCCAGAGUUAAAUGCGGUAAAGAUGUUUCAUUUCCAUUAA